GAGCAAGACAGUCCGGAACCACAACAUCAGGGAACCUGACGGCGUGUGAGAUCCAGAGAUCUAGACCAGCAGCUGGUGAAGCGGUGCACUCCUGCGGAUGCGAGCUGGUGCGUUCAAGGCACGCAUCCACAAAGUCAUAUCAGACAGAACCUUGCUAAUCAGGUUAAGAUGUCAUUAUGGGUGGCACCUUUGGGACGAGGUGUGGACUGCCUGCGGUCUUGCUCUGUCUGGCAGCUCUCCUCUGCGCCAAUCUGCUGCUGUAUUUCUACCUAGACGCCCUGUAUCAGGACACUGACCCUCUCUCAGCACACACGCAGUGCCCGCCUCGCCACUUCAAAGUGGGCACCAUGACCACCUGCACCCCUUGGCUUCAGUGCCCCCAAAUCCGGGCCGAGGUCCGCCGCGUGAAGCUCAUUGGACAGGGGGCUGUGAAGAAGGUUUAUUUGUCUGAGUGGCGAGGACAGAAGGUGGCCCUCUCGGUCCUGUCUUCGGAGCAGUACACGGAUGAUUUCCUCCACGGACUGUCGAUGCUGCGCGCUUUGCAGAGCUCCCACGUCGUGACGCUCGUCGGGGCGUGCGAGGAAGACGGCGUGUUCGUCGCCGAGUACCACCCUCUGGGAUCAGCCCUGACGCUCGACGCCACCCUCGCUCAGGACCGAUACCGCUGGAGAAACUCCUGGCAUACCCGACUGCAGCUUGCCAUCGACUACGUGGCCUUCCUGGCCUACCUGCACAGCAGUCCGGUGGGCGUGCGGGUCAUGUGCGACUCCAACGACCUGCACAAGACCCUCAGCCAGUUCCUGCUGGCGUCCGACAUGCGCCUGUUGGCAAACGACCUGGACGCGCUGCCCGAGGUGGAGCCGGGCCGCCGAGGGGUGAAGUGCGGCCACCAGCAGCUCACCGGGGACUUCGUGGCCCCCGAGCAGUUGUGGCCUCACGCCGAGGACGUGCGCUUCUCAGACGAAGCCAUGCCCGGUUACGACGAAAAGACGGAUGUCUGGAAGAUUCCGGACGUGACGCGCUUUCUCUUGGGCAGCGUCCUGGGAAGUGAUGUCAUCCAUUUCCACUUGUUUCAGAUCUACACCGAGUGUAAGAGGAGGGAGGCUCAGAUGCGGCCCACGGCGCUGGAGGUCCUCGGCGUGUACCGCUCCGUCUAUGACGCCAUGAUCGAGAGCCAGUCGCAGAGAGUCAGAGACAUGUUGUAGAGCGCGAUUAAAGGGGCUCAUCCUCGUGUCUCUCCAAACCUGCAAUGGACACAAAACACUUUCUGACCCUCCGUAGACAGCAGCGGAAAUACCAUUUUUAGAUAAAGGGUGUUAUUAAAAUGACAAGGGUGCUAAAAAAACGAGUUCUUCUCUUCUGUGUCGGUCUUUGAUAAGAGUACCACUGCAAUUAAUCUUACAGCUUCUUUAAAUUAAAGUUGAACCACUGGUGUCACACGGACUAUUUUAAUGAUGUCUUUACCGCCUUUCUGGGCCUGGACCGUGGUAGUUGUGUUGCUGUCUAUGGAGGGGGUCUAUUUCAAUGUCUUAAAAUGAGAACAAAGGUCUCACAGGUUUGGGAUGACGUGAAAGUGAAAACUUUCACUUUUGGGUGAACCUUCCCUUUCCAUUUAAAAGAUAGCACUCCAGUGCAAAACUACACUGAUGAAUAUGCAGCAACUGUAUGACAGCGACGUCCAGCAGAGGAAGAGAUGCAGCAUCUCAGGGCUUCAGGGCUGAAUCCAGCUUCAAAUUCUCGACUAAGAGACGUUUCCUCAUAACUAUACCUCACUAAAGUUCUUUUCACUGAAGCGAACAGAACUUACCUUACUGAUGCAGCGAUCGAAAAUGUGGAGUGAUCUUAUUUUAAUUUCAAUACGAUAUUGGUUAUCAUUCUUUAAAGGAACCUGCGCUUUUGUUCUCUUUCAGUCUUUGGAAGCCUUUAAUAAAUCGUUUUCUAAAGAACA